AUGUUUGCUGUGAUACGAGAUAGCUACAUCUCUAUGGUGAGCUGGAUAAGCAGCACUCGUCUGACUGUGCGCUGGUUAAACCGCGUCCAGAACCAGUCUGUGCUGUGUGUGUGUGAGGCCACGACCGGAGCCUGCUCAGAGAGGCACCAAAUGGCGAUGGACUUCUGGCACAACAACCAGCGGCAGGAGGAGCCGUUGUUCACGGCAGAUGGUUCUCUGUUUUACCUCAUCCUGCCGGCCAAGCAAGGGGCCCGUGGGGAGUUUCUCCACAUCGCCAGCCUCCCUGCUCAGACUUCCACUCCUUCCAUUUCUCCUCGCUUUCUAACAUCAGGCAACUGGGAUGUAACCUCCCUGUGCGCCCUUGACGAGGAAAACGAUAAAAUCUAUUUUCUGAGUACGGAGGAGUCGCAACAGAGCAGACACUUAUACAGUGUGGAGCUCGGAGGAGUGUUUCAUCGCCAGUGUCUGACAUGCAACCUGUUUGAGCGAUGCAGCGUCUUCAAAGCAGACUUCAGCCCCAAUCAGACAUUCUUUACUCUCUAUUGCUUGGGCCCAGGUGUCCCAAAGGUGACCAUUCACAGCACAAGUGACCCUUCCAGAUACACAGUGGUGGAAGACAACAGCCUCCUCGCUAUGUCUCUUGAAACCAAGAGGCUCUCUGAGACAGUUUUCCAGACGCUUUCCUCUGACAACAGUGACCUAGAUCUAAAGAUGUCCCUGCCUCCUGGGUACGGAGGAAACCUGCAUCCUCUCCUUAUUAUCAUUGACAGUAUUCCCGGGAGGCAGUCGGUAACGGAGGAGUUUGCCCUGGGCUGGCCGGAGGUUUUAUCCAGCCUGCAUGGAGUGGCGCUGGCUUGGAUCGACAGCAGAAGCUGGGUCUCACAGGGACAGAAAGGCAGCAUCCUGGACCCUCGCAAGCUCAGUUCCCUCCGCAUUAAAGAUAAGCUUGGAGUCGUGGAAUGGUUAAUGCAGUUGCCAUACAUUGAUGGGAGAAGAGUCGCUGUUUAUGGAAAGGGACUUGGUGGCUAUUUAGGUUUGAAGAUGCUGACAGCAACCAAUCAGAUGUUCAAAUGUGCUGCUGUCAUGGCUCCCAUCACAGACUUCAAGCUCUAUAGUGCUGCCUUCUCAGAAAGAUAUCUGGGCCUUCCAAAUAAAGAGGAUCAUUCAUACAUGGCUGCAUCUUUGUUGGACAACAUUCACAAGCUAAAGAAUGAAAACUUCCUCCUCAUACACGGGACUGCAGAUGCACGGGUACAUUUCCAACACAGCGCUGAGUUGUUGAGUCGUCUGGUGAAGGUAGAGGCCAACUACAGCCUUCAGCUGUACCCAGACGAAGGCCAUACUUUAAGAGAAGAGCGGAGCAUCCAACACCUCCACCGCACACUCCUUCACUACCUCCACAACUGCCUCGAAUACGACCCCUUCCACAGCAUAGAGGAGGAAGAGGAGGAGGAUGAAGAGGAAGAGUGAUCUCUUCCACUGUGUCCGCUCUCGGUCCUCAGAGGUGCCCAGUACUGGUGGAUGCAUUAAUUCUCCUAAGGAAAAAUGAGCAAAAUGGAGAUCAAGAGGACCGAAUUCACCAGCUAUUUACCAUAAACUCAAUUUUGGAAAGGUUUUUUUUUUUUUUUUUCAGACUGCAAUCGUAAACGUUUCCCGAGCGUCCAGGAAGAUCCAUCAGAACUGCUUUGGUUCAUACACUUUUCAAGUAAAUCAUACACAGAAUAAAGACUGAGGGCCCCAUGCAAUCAACAUAUUUAGGCAGUUUAUGUGUACAAUGGGCAAAAGAUGAUCAACCUUUAUGUUGCAGCGCCACACUGAGGUGAAAGAUGGAUAUUUCAAGACAUGGUUUGUGGAUUGUGAAAGUUGAAAAUACUAGUGGUUUUCCUGAUUUAUCGUUUACUAUUUGUUUAACUAUUACUAUACUAUAACAAUUCACUGUUAAUUGAAAUAAAUCUGCAAUCAAAUAUAAAUAUUAGAUUAUUAAUCUUGAGUGAAAAUGAGAAAUGUUGCCUUGCAAAUUAAUGUAAAUAAAAUAGUUUUAAAAUGACUAAAACUAAAAUAAAAAUAAAUUAAAGCUAAAUAGAAAUUUCAAAAUGAUGAAAGCACAUAAAAUGACUAAAAAUAAACUACUAUUUAACUAAAAUUAAAAUAACAUGAAAAUUAAAAGUUAUAAAUACUAUAAUUUGUAUAUAAACAGUUCUAAAAACCUCAUGCUAUGAAUCUCAUGCUGAUAUCUAGAAAGGUGGACAAUAUGAUGCAGCAGAGAUAUGAUCCACAAAUGAGAUUGCUGGCAGGAAAUUCUUUAAAAAACAAUUGGAAAUCGAAAUUGUUUUUCAGACAUUGACACCAAACUAAACUUGCACAUCUGUCAAUCAGCCAAACUGACAUUGUUGUUGGAUGAUAAUCUCAAAAAUGUCCUGAGAUCUGAUCUAUCACUAGCCUGUUUUGAUUGAAUGAACUGCAAAAUGUAAUUUGAACCUGGCUCUUUAUAUGCAUGACACACCGGCUGCAUGGUGCUGUAUAUUCAUAAUCUCUGUGCCGAACGCAAAAGAAAUUAAUGAAAAAAUACUUCACUGUGUGAAAGACAACAAGUUUUGAGCAUCUCCAUAUCAUUGUGGUAUAAGUACACAGUAAACUGUCCUUACUGUAAGACUACAAAAUCAAUGACUCGCACUGCAUGCUGCCGUUUACAGAAGCCUCAUAAGGUCUCCAGCAUACAGCAUAUCUUUUCAUAAACAUCGAGCCCUGCUUUGUGCAGUUGCCAUUGUCAUGCAUAUGCAGAUUUCAUGUUCACAGAUCAAAUGUGCCAAAUACUACGUGACCAAACCUUGCAGUACUGACUUGUGUUACAAUUUUGAAUGUGGCAGUUUGUGCAUUUAGUAUUUUUAAAUGUUUCUUUAAGAUUCUUUAUGCAGGAUUACCUUAAUUUAUAUUUUUGACAAAAGAAGUCUGUAACAAUAUUUAAAUUUAGUUAAUCAGUUGUUAAGAUCACUUUUAUAUACAAUGUCAGAAAAAAAAACAAAAAAAACAUGCAUACUUAAUUUUAUAGUAAAUGUUUUGUUUUAUUUAUUUAUUUAUUAUUAAUACUUUUAUUUAGCAUGGUACAUAAAAGACAGUAAAGACAUUAUAAUGUUACAAGCUCUUAUUAACUUUCUGUUAAUCAAAGAAUCCUAAAACAUGUAAUUCCACAAAAUAUUAAGCAGGACAACAUUAAUAAGAAGAAGAAAUAGUAAGAAUAUUAAUACGUGUUACCAAUUUGUUUUAUAAUUUAUAAUAAAAAAUAAUAUUUCUUGGUAUUAGAAUGAUUUCUUAGGCGUCGUGUGACACUGAAGCGGUUGAAAAUUAACUUUGCCAUCACAGGAAUAAAUUAUAUUUAAAAAUAUAUUAAAAUAGAAAACAGCUAUUUUACAAGUGAAAAAUAUUUCACGAUAUGGCUGCAUGUUUGACCAAAUAAAUGCAGCCUUGUUGAAAAUAUAAAUCUUAUUGACCCCACAAUUUUGAACAGUAGUGUUCUUCAGUAAAUGCAGGUUUUAUCCAGAAGUUCACCAGCUCAUGCCAUAGUAACAUAUUUUUAAACGGCAUAAAACUUUAGAAGACAAUGCUUGAGGAAACAAAUCAGGCAAAAUGCUAAUAAAAUGUAUUAUAAGUAGGCCAGUUUAAAGUUUCUAGUCAUAGAACACAAGAUUUUUCCCACCUGCCUUCAACUUUCUCAUGUACCAGAUCAAUAUUUUAUUGACUUUAUUUUUGUGACCUUCAUGUAUUGUUGAAAUGUGUAUGUAGAAACCUUGUAAGUUUUGUGUGUUGACAUUGUGAUGCAACUAAGCAAGUUACAUAUCCCAGAAUGUUCUGUUGUGCCGUAGGUCCAAGAAAAUCCUUCGUGCCAGAGCUACGACAAUGUAACAGGCAGCAUGAAGUCUGAAAUGAACGUCCUUGAACUUCUGUAUCUGUAUAUUUGUAUUUAAUGAGCCUUUUCCAAUAAAGUCUGAAAUCUUUGUGUA